CCCAUUCAGCAAAAGUCAUACUGCUAAUUCAUCAGCUUUGCUCAUUUGAAUAACAAACAUCACAGCCCCUGGGAUUUUGUAUAAAAAGACAGUGGAAACAUGGAGCUGGCAGAGCAAGUUGAACCAUCCACUGAGGACAACCUAAACCAUCAUCAUGGGCAAGAUCGUGUUUUAUGAGGACAGGAACUUCCAGGGUCGCUCCUAUGAGUGCAUGAGCGACUGCGCUGACAUGUCCUCAUACCUGAGCAGGUGUCACUCCUGCAGGGUGGAGAGUGGCUGCUUCAUGGUCUAUGAGCGGCCCAACUAUAUGGGCAACCAGUUCUUCAUGAGAAGGGGAGAGUAUGCUGACAUGCAGCGUAUGAUGAGCAUGGGAAUGAUUGACUCCAUCAGAUCCUGCAGAAUGAUCCCUUAUCACAGAGGUCAGUACAGGAUGAGGAUCUAUGAGAGGGAGAACUUCGGAGGUCAGAUGUACGAGCUGAUGGAUGACUGUGACUCCAUCAUGGACCGCUACCGCAUGUCUGACUGCAUGUCCUGCAACGUGAUGGACGGCCACUGGCUGAUGUAUGAGCAGCCCCACUACAGAGGCAGGAUGAUGUACCUGAGGCCCGGCGAGUACAGGAGCUUCAGGGACAUGGGAUACAGCGGCAUGAGGUGGAUGAGCAUGAGGCGCAUCAUGGACAUGUGCUAGACUUCUGUAUUUGAAUAAAUAAAACUGAUGUGUAAUACUUAAA